AUGGGUGAUAAUUAUGCUAUAGGUAAUACUGAGUCAGAAGACGAUGGUCCUGAAUCUGACUAUGAAUCUAAAUCUAUUCCUGAGGCAAAUAGUUUAAAAUCCCAACCUGAUCCUCAAAAGUCUCAGACAAUAGAAAUGGAUUUCAUGUUAGCUGAAAUUGAUGCAAU